UGCCGGUUGGAGUCGUUCAAUGACAGAUCCUUUAUGCGAAAAUACGUACCGUGGAAAAUGUGGCGGUGAUUUUUUAUUUGGACAAUGGUGUAUUCUUGUUGUUACCGCCUGGAAUAUCGGUAUCACAAUGACGAACGGGGCGAUGCUGAUUUUAUUCACCAUGGGAUUAUUCCCGGCCGCGCUGGCUUAUUAUCAGCGCUACAAAUCUUACGGCACCGGCGACACGAUCAUAGCGACGGGAUACCUAGGUGGCGGUUCCGUCGAUGAGUACCAGCGGUGGCUGAUUGAGUGUAACGAUGGAGAAGGCAUGACCGGAAUUUUUGCUGCUGCUUUGAUGCCGUUUUAUGGAAUCUCCCAAGUCUGGUGUAACUUUUUAUUCCCAAGGAAACCGCCAUCCGCCGGCAUCUAUCCGUAUUAUCCAUCUUGUAAUGUCCGGAAUAUGAGCGUACACGAGCUGUACUGCUACGAUAAAGUGUGGCCGCGAGACACCGCCGAUACCUUCGUCACCGGUUUAUAUUCUUCGGUCAACUACGAUCCGGUAAGCCCGACACUGUUCAAAUGCUGCAAAACUCCAACAGGAUACAAGCUGGAUUACAACAGAUGCCAAUGGAAAUACACUCACGACAAGAUGGGUGAGCAUUAUGAUGGAUACUGGAUCACCAAAUGCGAUACAAAUAACGUGAUGACAGGAAUUGGAUGGGCGAAGAGUCCCUGGGACGACCAGUUCCAUUACACAUGGAUUCAGUGUUGCCCGGUGGUGUAUUUACCCGGCGUACAAGUGCUUAGCGCCAGCCAGCUAUUCUAACUGGCCCAUCUCCAUCGGAUCUGGCGAAAACCAACUUGAAGGGAAAACAACUCUGAC